AUGCAGGGUUACCGCAAUAACCUAACGGAGACUAAUAAAGUCAUCGACGAGGAAGGCUGGUACAACUCAGGCGACGUGGCACUCGUGGACGAGGAUGGCUACGUCCAGGUCGUCGACCGCUUCAGGGAGAUCAUCAAAAUGGCGGACGGCCGCAAUGCUGCCCCAGCGGAGUUGGAGAACACGAUCCUGGAGAUGGAGGGGGUGAAGGAGGUGUGCGUCAUUGGGACGCUCGAUGCCAGCACAGGAUUUGACUCCAUUUACGUUUUCAUAGUAAAUAAAACGGACGUCUCUCCCCCCAUUAGCGAAGAAGACGUUGUAUAUUACGUGGUGCGGAACCUCAACGAACUAAAGCGGCCUAGAAAAGUGGUUUUCAUGGACGCUUUGCCUCGGAACGACAACGAGAAGGUCGACCGCAAACUCCUGAGACUGAGAGCGAAGGAGAUGGAGAAAGAGAAAUAAUUUUGGCUUGUACGAG